AUGAGCUCUCAAGCAUCAAUUGCGCCUCGAGCUCUCUCUUCCCUACUAAGCACUCCACUCGGUUUGAACCAAGAUACCAUCGCGAUGUCUUCGCACAAGCAUAAUGAGGGCAGGGAGCCUUUGUCCAAACCAAUCUCUCUAUCUCUAUCCAGUUCGAAAGCUCCUUCAAAAAAGACUGGUUUCAAUAUCCAAUCCUCAAAUCGCGGUCGUUCCACAAAUUCCCCAGCAAAUGGCCGGUCACUGCCUCGGCGACCUCAUCAGCUCGGCGAUGACUCCGACGAAGAGGAGACCCCCCCGGCCCACGAGGAAAUUUCAGGGUUCGACACCCACACAGGUGCCGCCAUUACUGCAGACGGACAGGCAGUCGCGGACGGAAAGAAGCCUCUAGUCAUCCCCGUUACGAGUAAGAACAACUGGCGUGACCGAGCGAUGCAGGAAGCGCAAAAGAAUGGACAAGCCCCUCCCGGAGAGCCUACAGUAGAGACGGACACGCCCAGCAUGGCGUACGGCUUGAGCUUUGCACAGCAGUCCGCAGAAAAGGCAGAUCGUGGAGCAGCAGGGGACGAAGACCAGGCCAUGCCUGAUGCGAAACCUGUCGAGACGAAGCCCCUCACCGACGACGAGAUUGCUAUGCAGGCGCUGAUUCGGGAAACUACGGGUGAAAACGAAAGGAGGUCAGACCUUGUGAUCGAGUCAGCUAAGCAUGGAAGCAAAGGUGACGAGGAAGGACCAGUCCACAACGAGCUCGGAUCUUUCCGUACAGAUGUGGCAUCCCGGCCGGACCCUGCUAGUUUGGACGCCUACAAUGCUAUUCCAGUCGAAGAAUUUGGAGCCGCGCUGCUGCGAGGAAUGGGGUGGAAGGAUGGUCAAGCUAUAGGACGAGGCAACUACAGCAGUGCCACAGCUGCAGAGAAAGCGAAAAACCCUCGUGUCCCAGAACGACGACCUGGGUUCCUCGGCAUUGGCGCAAAGGAUUCAUCCGGUGGAAAGGGGGCCGAAACCGAGCUUGGAGCUUGGGGGAAAGCAGCUAUGCGCAAAGCGUCGCGGAAACAGGGCGAUGAAGACGACAAGGCUGAGGGCGUGUACAUGCCUAUCACAAUGCGAAAUAAGAAAACCGGCGAGCAACUCACCGAAGCAGAACUUGCUGCUCUACAAAAGGAGGCUAAAGCCAAGCCUUCUAAGGAAGAUGACUGGCGCGAGCGACGAGAUCGUAAUCUUGAGAAGAGCGGUCGGGACAAGGAUCGAGACCGUGAAUACCGCAAACGCGACUACUACGACGAUGAGGAUCGUUCUAGCCGGAAGACUGGGUCCUCGCGACGUGACCGUAGUCGAUCCAGUGGCCGGCAAUCUUCCAGUCAUUCCUCUCGAUAUGAUGAUGAUGAUAGAAGCAGACGGGACGACCGUUCCUAUCGGGAUCGAGACCACGACCGGGAUCGUCGCCGGGACCGUGAUGAUUAUAAGGACGAUCGGAGGAGAGGCGAAGAUCGAGAGCGGGACAGGGAUCGCAGCCAUCGAUCUCGAGAUGAGAGAUACAGCAGCUCGCGGCAGUCGUCUCACUCAUCUCGGAAUGACCGAGACCGAGAUCGUGAUCGCGACUCUCGUCGGAGUCGUCGUGAUGAUUAG